UUUCUCUUACUUUUCAGGGCAAUCACCUUUCUCAACCACACAGUGCCUGACUUCACUGACAAUGGUGCAAGCAAUUUCAUUAAAUACGGAAAGGACUAUUACGCCACCUCUGAAACAAAUUACAUCCGCAAGAUUGACCCUGUGACGCUGGAAACGCAGGACAAGGUGGACUACAUGAAGUACCUGCCAGUAAACUUGGUCUCAUCCCACCCGCACUACGACAAAGAGGGCAACGCCUACAACAUUGGAACUUCAGUGGCAGAGAAGGGCAAGACUAAAUACAUACUGUUCAAAGUCCCUGUUUCCUCAGAGAAAG